CUGGGGAUCCAUUUACGGGGCUGCCGGUGCUCUCUUCCACCCGAAUCACUCUCUCGUCUUAUCCACUCCGGCGCCGCACUGGCAGUCCAACAACACCAAAAACCCACCAUCUUGUGACCCCUGUCCCUUUAUUUCUCAGCUGCACUGGCACUGACUGAGAUGAGACUGCAGUAGUAGUAGUGACUGCAAAAGUAACCACCAUCCUCUCAAUAGUCCUUUCUAUUGAUCCCUUCCUCUCGUUACCGAUCGAAUCACAUUUAUUAGUUGUACAUUGACACGCUCUGCUGGCCGUCGUCACAUCGACAAGACACGACACGAGACGAGACUUCGAAUCGCUCGACCAUUCCCUCGCUUACCACUUUCACGUUACUUCAAACGUCUCACACGCCAAUCCUCAGCUGCCAUCCCCUCUCCCGGCGUUUCAGCUGCCAGGCUCUGACCACCGCACACCUCAUUGCCUUUUCCUCCUGCCUCUGUUCGCGUGCCCUGCCGUUUUCGCCGGUUCUCUCAACCUUCCUCGCGUGGCACCGACGUUCUUUACAUCCUGUCGACGUCUACACGUCGUUGAGCCGUGCCACGACCAAAGAGUGGUGGUAUACUUUACCCAGUCGUGCAGCCUCGUCAAUCAAUCACACCGCAAGUCGCCAAAAUUCGCUCUCACGAGGUCCGGACCUCCCUCCUCGGAGGUCAAGCCGAGUCUUAUCGACCCUUACCCGGGGGCUUUCACCAACGUGAAGGAUAUGUGGUGAACGACUUCGAAAAGCGGAAAUCAAAAUCCAUCAUGUAUACACCAAAUUCAAAAUGGACGUGGGCCUUUACCAUGGUCGCACUCGUCCAGGCCGUUAUCAUUCUCGCGUCUGAGAGUUAUGUUUUUGCGCACUUCCAGAUACACCUUCGAGGAGCCGCCGCAGGUACCACUGCUGCGCGUACGAUCCCCACGUUUUUGACGCUGUACAUUUUCGGCUUUAUCUACCAGUUGUUGUUGGUUUGGGACGCGCUGCGCAUGAAGAAUACCAUCCAAGUCAUUGGUCUGGUCGCGUACAAUGUCGGCCUUCUCAUAUACGGCUCCGUGCAGAUGGAACAGAUCAAGGACGCCGUAUUCGAGCUGGCAGAAGACAAUUUUGUUCGUCGCGAGAUCUGGCACGAUACAAAGCCGUUUUUGAUCGCCAUCCCCUGCAUUUUGGCAUUGGGCACCAUCCUCAUGGCGGCCUGCGCUUGGAAGUUAUACGACGAAUUCGCCUGGACCAUUUACAAACGCAUCUCGGCCGAUCUCCGGAUGAAGCGCCGAUUUCUUCAAUACCAGGUCUACAUCGCUUUGUUGAAGUUUGACUUCUUUUUCUUCCUUGGAUUUACCGUUCAAUUCGUGGUCAUUGUCACGCAGCGACAGGUGGAAUUCGCCUUGACGAUCGCCGCCAUUCCAGUCACCAUUCUCAUUCUUCUCGCUGCUGCUUGGUUUGUGCGGAAGGAAAGUCUAUGGGGGACGAUUGCAGUCAUAAUCCUCUAUUUUGGUGGACUCGCCUACUUCGUCUUUAAGAUGGUCCGGAUGUACUCGCCCUCCCACUCGGGCGCAUAUCUCCCUGCAAGAAAAGAGCUCACUACUUUCGCCGUAUUGACCAUCAUUCUUAUCAUCCUCACCAUCAUCAACGCAUGUUUGUGCGCUCACAACUACAACCGCGGUCUAAAACCUUAUGUCAACAAGUCCUCGACCAUUGAUGACGACGAAAAGCCGAUGGGAAGUGCUUACGCCCCCUACGCCACCGAGAUGGAACCCGGAGUCAAUGGCAAAUUGCCAGCAUUCCGGCCUUCAGCGAAUAGGAUUGAGAUUGAUUGAACAUGGAUAAUUUCAACUCCCGUUGGCAAGCGGUGGUUCGAAUGAUUGUCUCAUACAUCUUUCCCCCCAAGAUUUAUGCCCGUUAUGAGGCGUUUUGAGUUUUGUUUGUCUCGGACAUGAAGCAUAGGAUGAACGGUUCGGGGAUAUAUACGCGACCAAAUCGCCGCUGUAUCCCAGCGCGGUGAAUGAGUGGGUGGCUUGGAUUUACGAGGACCUCUCUUUACACAUACUGCGCUCUGUAACAUGGUCGCAAGACUCGUUGCCCGUCCCUGGUGGCUAGGGCAAUUCCAAUGUCACUAACUGGGUUAUCCCAGCAAAUUAUUUGCUGGAUGGUCAUGUUCCGAUUCCUAGGCCCCUGUUCGUCUGCUGUACGACGUGUUUUGGAUGCAGACACAUAUCACAUAUGGUAACACUCAGUGCUUCGAUUGCCA